AUGGGAAAGGGACCCUUGGAGCAGAAGCUCCAGUUCGAGAAGAAGAAUCAAGACCUUGUCAAGCUUCCCAAAUAUGCUAAAGUCGAAAAGCGCCCCAUACCCCAUGCACCAGUUGCCUCGCCAUACGCUGGGGCAUCUGUCCCUAAGAUUGUCUAUGUGUCGACCAGUACGCCAUUCAUGAGCGCAAUCAAGCGCAUUCAGAAAUUACUCCUCCAAGCCGAGAAGCGCGCCACGGCAAACAUCAACUUGGAAGACACGCGCAAAAAUGAGAAACAAAAACUUGCAGAGCUAGCCAACAUCUCCUCGAAGCGGGAGGAAGUCUUUGUCAAGGCCACGGGGCGAGCUAUUGAGAAAGCACUCAAUGUCGGGAAAUGGUUCGAAGAGAAAGAGACUGAGUACUCGGUCCGCGUGAAGACUGGAAGUGUCAUCGUCGUCGAUGACGUUGUUGAGGAUGAAGAGAAGAAAGAGCAAGAGGAACAAAAGCGUCAACUUCAGGAGACGCAACAAAGUAACCUUCCUGUCUCAGAGUCCAAGUCGGCGAUGAAGAAGAGGAAGCGCCAGGCUGCUGCUACCGUGGAUCCUGAGGCUGAGCUCCCUGAGAGCCGUACACGAUGGGUCAAAAUGGUUGAGGUUGCGGUUAGUCUGAAGUGA